AUGAAGAAGCCAUCGACGCUUCUCCGAUCGCUCUCUACGCGCCUCUCUGCGCGGCUCGCGCCGUCGCCGGCGGUGGCUCCCUGGCCGCCGGUGCGCUCCGCCUACGACCGCUGGCUGGCCGCCGAGCUCGACGAGCUCCGCGCCGACCCGAUCGCCCCGUGCACCAGCGCCGCCUGGCUCGGCCGCGCCCUCGGCCUCGCCGCCGCCGCGCAGAGACGGCUCGUCGCGUCGGCGACGCCGGCCCCGCCGGCCGGCAUUGACCGCAAGACCAUCGACGAGUGCGUGGAGGACACGGCGGAGCUGCUUGACGCGUGCGCCGGGCUCAGGGCCCGCCUCGACCUGAUCAGGAGCUACGCCUCCUCCAUGCGCAUCGCGCUGCACUGGCUCGAAGGCCGCGGCGGAGGGGCGACCGCGCGGCGCCGCGCGGCCGCGGCGUUCGCCGAGUGCGAGGCCGUGGAGCGCCGGUGCGGCGCGGAGCUCGCCAAGUGCGGGUCCAACCUGCGCAAGCUCGGCGAGAGGGCGCUUCACGCCAGGCACCCUUCCGGCGGCAGGGCGCAGUGCGAGGAGUCCCUGGCCGGCGCGCGCGCGGCGGCGCUUCUUGCCGUGGGAGCCCUCGGCGUUGCGCUGGCGUUCCGGUCGCGCCGUGCCGUUCCCGGCAUCGCGCACGCCGGCGGCGGCAAGGCCGGAGCGGCGCCCUGGGAGUGCGCGCUCCAGGAGGUGCAGAAGCACGUCAAGGACGAGUACGAGCGCCGCAGGAAAGAGGGCGUGCCGUGCAUGGCCGAGCUCGACGCCGCGGCCGCCGACGGCCGGACGGUGAAAAGCGCGCUGACCACGGGCGGCCGGCACCUGUCGGAGACCGCGGUUGCGGCGGCGAAGAGGAGGUGCGACGAGCUGGAGGAGAAGGUGUCUGUGCUCGAGGAGAGCGUCGGCGAGCUGCAUAGGGAGCUCAUAAGCGUUAGGAUGGUGCUCUUGGAGUGGUCACAGAGUGCAAGAGGGCAUGAGGUUCUCAGGUUGUGA